AUGACCCUCUCGUUAUGCGCCCCCUGGCGCCUCCUACACGCCAUACUUCUCCUAAUCUCCCUCGUACAAGCCCAAUCCCCUUCAGAAGAAGAGUUCACUGCCGACAAUAUAGUAACGCGCGAUGUAUGCAUCCUCGGCGGCGGCGCAACAGGCGCCUACGCAGCGAUCCGCCUAAAAGACAUGAACAAAAGUGUAGUGGUCGUCGAACGCAACUCACGGCUCGGCGGGCAUGCCGAAACCCUCUACGUAGAGAACGGUGGCCAUGUCGAUUACGGCGUUCAAGGCGUCUUCAACACCAAUAUCUCGAGGAAUUUCUUCAAUCGCCUCGGCGUGCAAUCGAAACCGCUGACCCCAGGCUCCCUCGUUAACAAAUACGUCAACUUCAAAACCGGACACGAGGUCCCUCCUCCAGCUGGCAUUCUCGACACCGUCGCCGCCCUCCUUGUCUACCGGUCUGCAAUCCAGAAAUUCGACUACCUCAAGGAUGGCGUCUACAACCUUCCCGACCCCGUGCCGGAAGAGCUCCUCUGGCCGUUUAGCCAGUUCGUCGAGAAAUACAAGUUCGAAGGGGCGCUAAGCGUCAUAUACACCUUCGCCAAUGCGUUGGGCGAUAUGCUCGCCACCCCGACGCUAUAUGUCAUCCAAGCAUUCGGCAUCGCACAUAUAGACAUCUUCCUGCAGGGGGGAUACAUCACGCCGAACAACGGGAUGUAUGAACUCUACCGCAAGGCCGGCGAGGUACUCGACAGCGAUGUUCUCUACAACAGCAAAGCCACUCACACCAGACGCUCAGACACUGGAAUCAAGAUACUCACGCAAGACACGUCGGGAAAGAAAACACUCAUCGAAGCGAAAAAGCUCCUCGUCACCAUCCCCCCGACUCCCGAGAAUCUGAAAAGCCUCGACCUCGUCCCAGAAGAAACAUCACUCUUCGCCAAGCUCUUCUGGAAAACAUACUACGUUGCUGUCCUCAAGAACACGGGAAUCCCCAACGACAUCAACGUCCAGAAUGUCGACCCGGACGAGAAACCGGGGAAUCUGCCGCGCGCCCCCUUCCAAUGGGCGCUCCAGGAUAUGGGUCCCAAUAACUAUCUCGCGAGUAAGAUCGUCGGGGAUAUGAACUUCACGGACUCGCAGGCCCGGGAACUCAUUAUGGGGGAUUUACACCGCAUGGCGACGGCGGGGACGUUUGCUAUCCAGGAGGAUUGGGAGAUGGCGGUGUUUGGGAGCCAUGUUCCGACGUCGAUGAUGGUGGGGGUGGAGGACGUACAGGAUGGGUUUUACAGGAAGGUUUAUGGGUUGCAGGGUCAGAGGAGCACGUUUUGGACGGGGUUGACUCUUGCUUCGGAUUAUUCGGCUUUGUUGUGGCAGUAUACGGAUUCUGUUGUGGGGAAGAUGUUUGGAGGGUGA